AGCAUCAAAUGGCGCAAAAUGCCUUGGUGAGUUUUCUUAAGUGGCAGCUGUGAACUCACCAGGCGAAGCAAUUCGGUGUGAUGUUAUAAUAGGGAUUUUUUUCAACCUACGACUAUUUGUGGAGGCCGCUGUCUAAUGUCGCGAUUAGCGCUGCGCUCAUUGUCAGAGAGUACCGAAUGAACGGUGACUUUUUUUUUUUUACUCGGACUUCAAUGUCAGCUAGCUAGCUGCUGGUCGCUAGCCGACUCCCCACUUCAGCAACAAUGUCCAUUCUUCCACAGAAUAAUUUGAAAGAGCAGCUGGCUAAACACAGCAACACUGCCCAAAGUAAACGGUCGCUGGCUAAACCUAAAACGGGACCUUUUUGUUUUAAAAAGAAGUCUCCGUUGGGUUCAAACAGGGUGGAAAUCCCGACCAAGCCAGCAAGAUCUCAAAAAUCCAAAAUCAGCAGCUUCUUAUCUACAAGCUCCAAGCCGGACAUCAGCUCGGAGGGUGUCUGCACUCCAGCUGUCCAACGUCCGUCUGCAUCGUCACCCAAAUACGACAAGCAGGUUUUAAGCACCAAUGAGAGCACCUCCACAAACUUGGAUGCAUCGCUUGGGUUCCAGAUGGACGACUGGGAUGAUCUGGAUGACUUUGAAACUACUGCCAAAGCAAAGAACGACUCAUUCACUGGUGAAGUAACCAAGACAACAACUACUAGCAUUCGGCCAGUUUCAGCUGAAGGCGCUAUAGAGCCCGCAGGGGUGCCCACAGCGGAUGAGGCUCAUGUUUCGCCUGCUCCGAGUCCACUUCCAGCAGAGUUUGAAGUGGAUGAUUCUCCAGUGCACACACCCAGGAGACGUCAGCCAGCGUAUAUAAAAUCUGUUGUUAGUGAUAGCGAGGAGGACAAUGAUGAUGUCCUUAAACCCUUUGAAGAAGAGAGAGGCCGUAAGAGAAAAUGGACUGACCCAACGUCCAUACAGAUUGAUGACAACUCUGAGAUUGAAGAUGACUUGGAAUACAUACCGCCAUCUCCAGUGCGAGCUGAGCGCUCUUCCAGCAAAUCUCCUGUGGACUCAAUAUCUAAGCUAUCGCUUAAUGCGGUAAGCGGAAACAGCACUUUUCAUUCCAAAGCCUUCAGCGUGACCCCUCAUGAAGCACCUGAUCAACACUCCAAAGACAAGACAAGUAAUCAGCUCUUUAGUGUCAUGGAGACUAUUUGUGCUCUGGUGGAUCGCAUCCCUGAACAUGAGCUCAUCGCGCUAUGCUGUGGCAAUGAGCUUCUACUGAAGAGGGCUCAAAGGAAGAGGAUUCUUGUUACCGGUAGCGAUGCCUUCCUGAGCACACAACAGCCUGACAGCACUGGGAUUUCUGAUCCUGGCUUCAAAAAUAAGUCUUCCUCCUCCAGCACGCUGUCAUCCAGCAGUUUCCUGCCUGAAGAGGCAAAGAGGGCUUCUCAGAUCAGGAGAUCGUCCAUCGUCUCCUUGGGUUGUGACUCUGAUCACUCUGAUAGUGUUAUCAAAGUAAAGCCAUCGCUUGGCAAAGACGGAUGGAAAUCGGUCAUUGAAAUUGACAGCUCCUGUGAUACGCCAUCAAGCUACAGCUUCACAAAAGCAUCUCAGAGUAUCCCUAAUAACAAAAAGACCAACGUAAGCCUGGAUUGUGAAGAUCUUUUCUUCUCACCCAAGAAGAAAAUGGAGACUCCUGUACAGAUCAAAUCUAAUCCACAGGAAAAGGUCACAGUUACAGAACACAUGGAUCCUGAUGACUUUUACAUUGACGACUUUGACAUAGACGACUUGAAUGACUCUGAUAUUCCCGAUUACUUUGAUGAACCUCAAACCUCCUCCGUGACGCUAAAGAGUUCCAGCGCUGUACAGACAGGUGUGAAGGAAGGUGGUUCAAGCAAGUUCUCAUGGGAGAAGAAAUCUACAACACCUGCACCGUCUCCUAAACCUGCACAAAUAUGUUCUCCUGAACCCUCCUUUCGAAACCUGGCGCAUGAUCGUUUCCGAGGUUUCAACUUCUCCCACUCGCAGGAGAUGAUGAAGAUCUUCCACAAGCGCUUUGGUCUCCAUCAGUUCAGGUUCAACCAACUCGAAGCCAUCAACGCCGCGCUCCUCGGGGAAGACGAGUUCGUACUGAUGCCAACAGGUGGUGGUAAAAGUCUGUGCUAUCAGCUGCCUGCCUGCCUGACACCAGGAGUCACAGUGGUCAUCUCACCACUCAAAUCUCUUAUUGUGGAUCAAAUCCAGAAACUCACUUCUCUGGAUAUCCCAGCAACGAGCCUGUCGGGUGAUAAAAGUGACCGUGAAGCGAGCAGCAUCUACAUGCAGCUCUCCAGGAAAGAACCUAUCAUUAAACUCCUUUACGUCACACCUGAGAAGGUCAGUGCCAGCAACAAACUAAUCUGUGCCCUGCAGAACCUGUACGAGCGAACUCUCCUGGCCCGCUUCGUCAUCGAUGAAGCUCAUUGUGUUAGUCAGUGGGGCCACGAUUUCCGUCCAGACUACAAGAGGUUGAACGAACUCCGUCAGAAGUUCCCCAAAGUGCCCAUGAUUGCCCUGACGGCAACAGCCACGCCCCGUGUGCAGAAAGACAUUUUGAACCAGCUCAACAUGACUCGCCCUCAAGUCUUCACCAUGAGCUUUAACAGAGCAAACCUUAAGUACUCUGUGCUACCCAAAAAACCCAAAAAGGUUGAUGAGGACUGCAUCAAUUGGAUCAGGAAGCAUUACCCUCGUGAUUCGGGCAUUGUGUACUGCCUGUCUCGAAAGGACUGCGACGACAUGGCCCAGAGCCUCCAGCGAGCCGGGCUGUUGGGGCUGUCCUAUCACGCAGGCCUAAGCGACGGCGACAGAGAAUACGUGCAAACCAAGUGGAUCAACCAGGACGGGUGCCAGGUCAUCUGUGCCACCAUCGCUUUUGGCAUGGGCAUUGACAAGCCUGACGUGCGCUACGUGAUCCACGCCAGUAUGCCCAAAUCAAUAGAGGGCUACUACCAAGAGUCUGGGAGGGCCGGCAGGGACGGAGACAUAUCUCACUGCAUUCUCUUCUACAGCUAUGCCGACGUGCACCGCAUCAAGAGGAUCAUCGGCAUGGACAGAGAAGGUGACAGAAACACCAAGGCCACACACUUCAACAACCUGUACAGCAUGGUGCAUUUCUGCGAGAACCUGAUGGAGUGCAGAAGGAUUCAGCUGCUGGCCUACUUUGGAGAGAUGAAAUUUAACAGGAGCUUCUGCAAGGACCACCCUGAUGUCAGCUGUGACAACUGUGCGAGGCCCACUCAAUACAAGAUGAGGAACGUCACAGAGGAUGUGAAGAUGAUAGUGACCUUCGUGCAGGAGAACUGUGAGAAGGUGGGAGCAAGGUUCGGACGGAAGCCUCAACAGAGCCGCCUGACACUCAACAUGCUGGUGGACAUCUUCGUAGGAUCUAAAUCUGCAAAGAUCCAGACUGGUAUGUUUGGAAGGGGAGGAGCUUAUUCCAAGCACAAUGCGGACCGUCUUAAAAAGCUAGUGCUGGACAAUAUCCUUAUGGAGGACCUUUACAUCACCAACAAUGGCCAAGCUGUGGCUUAUGUCUCCGCUGGACCCAAAGCCUUAAACCUCCUGUCUGGACACAUGCAGGUGGACUUCUAUGAGACCGAGAGCGCCUCCAGUGCCAGGAAGAACAAAGCCGCAGUGUCCAAAAACGUCUCGCAGAGAGACCAGAUGACUCAGGAGUGUCUCAAGGAGCUGAUAGACCUGUGCAAGCAGUUGGGGAAAGCCUUCGGCAUUCACUACUUCAACAUCUUCUCCACCGCCACCUUGAAAAAGCUCUCUGAGAGGCUGUCCUCCGACCCUGAAAUCUUGCUGCAAAUCGAUGGGGUGACUGAGGACAAAUUGGAGAAGUACGGUGCUGAGGUGAUCCAGGUUCUGCAGAAAUACUCUCAGUGGGAGCUGCCAGAAGAACAGCAGCCUGAAGGCGAAGGCUGGAUCGACACGGCACAAGGCCGCUCGGCUGUUGACUACGAGGACGAGGAGGAGGGCGACUCUUCCACCUACUUUCGAAAUCAGAGUGCACAGGGACAAAAGAGGAAGAAAGCACCUUUCUUCAAGUACUCCAAAAAGAGAAAAGGAUAUGGCGGCUCCAACUCUAAAGGUCGAGGCUACGGCAACAAUAAGUCAUGGUCCUCCAGAGGGGGAUCUAAAGCUGGUUCUCAAUCCACGGGGCGAGGGUCCAGAGGCGCGUCAGGUGACUCAUCAUCAGGCAGGAGGCCUGGCUUCUUGGCAGCGCCGACCCCUCAAAACAACCAGCGACCUUUCUUGAAACCCACCUUUUCUCACAUGGGUUAGUGCUUCACUGUAUUCUGUUCAAACUGUACAUUCAUUAGAUUUAUAUAUAGUGUAUUUGUCAUGUGUUGUACUUUGAUAUGUUAUUAAAGACAUCUUUUUUAAAAGG